AUGAGUUUAAAAGCAGCUCUUUCCAAGCUUAAUACUUAUGGUUUGGAUUUGGCAAUUCUUGGUGCUGUUCCAAUGAGUCUAGAGCUCUACCAAACACUGGCUGAUGAAGCGGUUUCUCUUCAGGAAAAACAAAUGGCUUUAGAUAAGUUCUUGAACGGUACGGAAAAUCCAAACGAAUCAAAACGAGUACUUUACUUGAUAUGCAUGAAUGUACUUCGGAAGGAAAUUUCCAAUCCACUAAAGCUCUCUUAUUUGCAUGACAUGGGAGUUGAUGAUUUUUCAUCACUUGCAUCUCAAAAAAAGGAGUUACCACUCUCCGUUAAGGGAGUCAUUGAGAAUAGAAACCUAUAUAUUACUCACAUCAAGGGAGUAUUGGAGGAGAGAGCAAAGAAGGAUAAAAAAGCUUCCAAAGCCGCCACCAAGGCCAUUCUUGGGGAAAACAACUCAAAAAUGAAGACCGUUCCCCUUAACAACAGAAAAGACCGACCUUCUGUAUUACCUUCGGAGAACCAACCGCCCACAGCUAAUAUUAGUUCGCUUAAUCUUAGCAACAAGGCAGGAACAAGUGCAUCAAACAUCCAUCAAGAAGUAAUAGAAGAUGAACACCCAAUGGAGAUGGUUUCUGGUGAUAACGGUGUAAAGAAUAGUCAACAACGUUGCCUUCCGCUUCUUGAGCCUGCAAUUUCUGGUACUGGAAAUUGUGUUAUUAAUUCUUCUCAAACCGCACAUUCCGAUUUAUAUGAAGAGUUGAAAAAGUCAUCUUAUCAUCAGGUUUUACUCAUUAUUGCAACUUGUAUCAUGGAAAUGAGGAAUGAAAUGAAGGAUAUGAAGAAUGAUAUAAAGGAUAUGAAGAUUGAUAUAAAGGAUAUGAAGAGGGAUAUCAACUCCAUUAAGAGAAACAUUGGGUGCCUCUACGAAGGCCAAGUCUUGAUUCACUUGGAAAAAGCAUCAGACAUGUAA